CCCUCCCAGACAAUGUGAAAGCCUCGCAAUGUUUGAGGGGAAUUACAAUUAUAUACUAAAUGCAUUUCAAAAUAAUCUCACCUUUUUAAAAUGGUACUCGUUUAUUAUAUAAGAAAUCAUUGCGUACUCCCAGUAAUGAUAUUUGGGAGCAAGGCGGCUGGGAUUGUAAUACCUCCGACACAGUUGGUGGCAGCAAUGCACUGAUAGGACAGUUGCUCUGUUUUAGAACAGUGUGUCCCUGGCCAUGAGCCUGACCGAUACCGGUGUUUACUUUACUAAACAGAUACGGUCGAGAUAAAGAGUUGUCGCCGUAUGGGGAAAAACGUGAACGCGCAUUUUAUGCACCUUCAGCGUCCCAGGACAUCGAGCUUGGAAUAAAUAAACGACUUAUAUAAACGCGGCCUUUUUGGUUGCGUCUACUUGGAUAAGUGAACUGAAGCUUAUCUACACGGUGUCUGACGUUGAUGGAUGCGGUGAAAUAGGACUGGGAAAGGCUUCAAAUAGCCAAUCCGAAGUUGGCUAAAGUCAGUGUUUAACAGAAACCUACAGAUCCGGUUUCCGUGAACCGUUAUUCUACUUGAGGCUCUGAUAAAUUAACCCAAAAUACAAUGGCAGCAACUGCCCGGCGAAUGCCGAUGGGUGUGCGGACAUUCAGUGAGUUUUUGGAGAUUGCUGUAGGCUCUGCGCGCUCACCAUGCCACACCGCGGGGUCAAGAGAACAUAUGAGACAGACUAUCAGACACUUGUCAUCAUGUGGUAUUGUAAUGACUAGGACUCCCAGAGUGCUUAGCCACCAGCAGAAUUGGGACACAAUGACAUCAGUUCCCCACAGCAGAACCUUCAUGGGGUUCACAAAUAAGAGAAAGGAGUACUCCGAGCGGAGGAUACUGGGGUACUCUAUGCUGGAGAUGUAUGAUGUGGUAGCCAACGUGGAUGACUACAAACUCUUUGUCCCCUGGUGUAAGAAGUCCCAGACCAUCAUGAAGAGGGCAGGCCACUCCAAAGCUCAGCUAGAGGUGGGAUUCCCACCCAUCGUAGAGCGAUACACAUCCAUGAUCAGCGUCGUGCGACCACACAUGGUCAAAGCGGUAUGCACAGAUGGAACACUUUUUAACCACCUGGAGACGAUAUGGCGCUUCAGUCCUGGAAUCCCUGGUUAUCCCCGCACCUGCACUGUGGACGUUUCGAUCUCGUUUGAGUUCCGCUCCUUGCUCCACUCCCAGUUAGCAACUGUGUUUUUUGACGAGGUGGUAAAGAAAAAUGUGUCUGCCUUCGAGCGCCGGGCCGGCACGCUCUACGGCCCACAGACUCGCGUCCCACGGGAGUUAAUGUUCCAUGAGGUACACCAAACGUGAGGUCCAUCUGCCAUUGUGUGCCCUUGUCCCAAACCAGCCUGCACCUUCACCCUGGCUAUCACCUAGCUGGACCUGCAUGACACUACACCACCCAGCCUCCACCAAUCACCUCCAUUGCCACCCAGGUGCCAUUAGCCUGGUACCAGAACUGUUUGUGCUGUCUUGCCAACUCCUAUGGUCACACUGGCGUGAGAGACAGCACUUCUGAGAUCUUGGACCAUCUGGGACCGGGCUAAGAUGCCACUUAGUGCAUCCUCACAUCAUAGAGUAAUGACGAGGCAAUCAGUGUGGGUAUCAGCCUGGCUAAACACCCUUCACAACUACAACUAGUUGAAAGUCCCAUAUCUUAGCCUGGAUCAUGUCUUGUAAAAAUCUGCCGUCUACCUCCUCACAAGGGUUACUCUUCAGCGCAGGCCCCUUGUUGUAUUGGUGCUUGUGCACAAUUUAAAUAGAAGAAUCCUUCUUCCAAAUAUAGUUGUAAAACAAAAAAGCCACUACACAUAUUGGAAUAGAUUUAAUAUAUUGCUGUGUAAUCGUGAGUGAACAGGACACAAUAUUGAGUCAACCAAUGACAUGGACCAUUUUGAGUCUGUCAUGUCUGUCUGUUGAUGCAUCAGAUUGUUGAGGAAUGGAUGCAGGUGCACUCCACUUACCUGCCACAUUAAAGUCGUCCAUUCAUGUCAAAUUAAUUUAUCUUAGAAAUAUAUUUUAAAUGUACAGUAUUGCUUAUACCAAGAAGUGCUUCUUUUAAAAUGUAUUUGUUUUGAAGUUAUUGAUUAUAAAUAUACACUGAGUAUACAAAACAUUAACAACACCUACUCUUUCCAUGAGAAAGACUGACCAGGUGAAUCCAGGUGAAAACUAUGAUCCCUUAUUGAUGGAACCUGUUAAAUUCACUUCAAUCAGUGUAGAUAAAGGGGAGGAGACAGGUUAAAGAAGGAUUUUUAUGCCUUGAGACAAUUGGAACAUGGAUUGUGUAUGUGUGUCAUUCAGAGGGUGAAUGGGCAAGACAAAAAAGUGAAGUGCCUUUGAACGGGGUAUGGUAGUAGGUACACCAGUUGGUGUCAAGAACUGCAACACUGCUGGGUUUUUCACACUCAAGUUUCCCGUGUGUAUCAGGAAUGAUCCACCACCCCAAGGACAUCCAGCCAACUUGACACAACUUUUGACAUCUUGUGGAGUCCAUGCCCUGACAUAUUGAGGCUGUUCUGAGGGGGGGGGGGGGUGCAACUCAAUAUUAGGAAGGUGUUCCUAAUAUUUUAUAUACUUGUGUGUGUGUGUGUGUACAGUCGUGGCCAAAAGUUAAGAAUGACACAUAUUAAUUUUCAAAGUCUGCUGCCUCAGUUUGUAUGAUGGCAAUUUGCAUAUACUCCAGAAUGUUAUGAAGAGUGAUCAGAUGAAUUGCAAAUGAACUGAAACCCCCAAUAAACAUUUCCUCUGCAUUUCAGCCCUACCACAAAAGGACCAGCUGACAUCAUGUCAGUGAUUCUCUCGUUAACACAGGUGUGAGUGUUGACGAGGACAAGGCUGGAGAUCACUCUGUCAUGCUGAUUGAGUUCGAAUAACAGACUGGAAGCUUCAAAAGGAGGGUAGUGCUUGGAAUCAUUGUUCUUCCUCUGUCAACCAUGGUUAACCUGCAAGGAAACACGUGCCGUCAUCAUUGCUUUGCAAAAAAAGGGCUUCACAGGCAAGGAUAUUGCUGCCAGUAAGAUUGCACCCUAAUCAACCAUUUAUCAGAUCAUCAAGAACUUCAAGGAGAGCGGUUCAAUUGUUGUGAAGAAGGCUUCAGGGCACACAAGAAAGUCCAGCAAGCGCCAUGACCGUCUCCUAUAGUUGAUUCAGCUGCGGGAUCGUGGCACCACCAGUAGAGCUUGCUCAGGAACGGCAGCAGGCAGGUGUGAGUGCAUCUGCACGCACAGUGGGGCGAAGACUUUUGGAGGAUGGCCUGGUGUCAAGAAGGGCAGCAAAGAAGCCACUUCUCUACAGGGAAAACAUCAGGGACAGACUGAUAUUCUGCAAAAGGUACAGGGAUUGGACUGCUGAGGACUGGAUUAAAGUCAUUUCCGCUGAUGAAUCCCCUUUCCGAUUGUUUGGGGCAUCCGGGAAAAAAGCAAGGCCGGAGAAAGCAAGUUGAGCGCUACCAUCAGUCCUGUGUCAUGUCAACAGUAAAGCAUCCUGAGACCAUUCAUGUGUGGGGUUGCUUCUCAGCCAAGGGAGUGGGCUCACUCACAAUUUUGCCUAAGAACACAGCCAUGAAUAAAGAAUGGUACCAACACAUCCUCUGAGAGCAACUUCUCCCAACCAUCCAGGAACAGUUUGGUGAUGAACAAUGCCUUUUCCAGCAUGAUGGAGCACCUUGCCAUAAGGCAAAAGUGAUUACUAAGUGGCUCAGGGAACAAAACAUCGAUAUUUUGGGUCCAUGGCCAGGAAACUCCCCAGACCUUAAUCCUAUUGACAACUUGUGGUCAAUCCUCAAGAGGCGGGUGGACAAACAGAAACCCACAAAUUCUGACAAACUCCCAGCAUUGAUUGUGCAAGAAUGGCCUGCCAUCAGUCAGGAUGUGGCCCAGAAGUUAAUUCACAGCAUGCCAGGGCAGAUUGCAGAGGUCUUGAAAAAGAAGGGUCAACACUGCAAAUAUUGACUCUUUGCAUCAACUUCAUGUAAUUAUCAAUAAAAGCCUUUGACACUUAUGAAAUGCUUGUAAGUAUAAUUCAGUAUUCCAUAGUAACAUCUGACAAAUAUCUAAAGACACUGAAGCAGCAAACUUUGUGGAAAUUAAUAUUUGUGUCAUUCUCAACUUUUGGCCACGACUGUAUGUGGUCACAUAGAAAUGUCCUUGCUUUUAAAAGAAAAGCUUUCCUUCCCUUUUGUGUGUGUGCAGAGAGAAUGUUGUUCAAGUGCUUUAUUUUUCUUGGAGGAAAGGUUUUUAAAUGUAGUCUGCGCCUUUGUCUGUUAAAUGUUGUGCUUGUAUGUAAAUAUGGAGAAAAGGAGCUUUGUCGAUAUGCUGUGAAAAUUCUAUAAAGUGUGUCAAGAUGGCUGUGUGUGUCAAGACAGGCUGCCUAGCGCGUUCAUAUAUUAAACAAGACAAAGUUAUUUUAUUGCAGUAUUUAUGCAUGAAAGAUAUGGCUACUUGUGUAGGAUGUUUUCUUUUGAAUUGUAUUUCUGUUGGGAUUGCCUACGUUUUAAUGGGAAGACAUGCACAUAUUUUAGUUAUGUGUAAUAAAGGACUCAGCAAUGUCAAAUGUGUAAUAUACUGGUAUGUAUUUGCCAUUUUGCUAUGAUGGUGGAAUUUACUCUAGGAGGUCAUGAAAGGUUAACAUAGGAAGCUAUUGUAAGUGUGUCUUUUAGAUUCAAGACUAUUCAUUUGUUCUUAAGCAAGACUUCCAAGACUCAUAACCACUGUCUCAAUACUUCAAAGCAACUUCCUUUUUGUAUUUUUUUAAUGUUCAAAAGCAACCAAUAAGUUGCUUGUGGUCAUCCAGUUUGAUGUAACAGUAUUGCACCUCUAGCUUACCUAAGAACCGCUGUAUUCAUUGCUUUUCAUUUUCCCUGUCGGGUGUUGAUAUAGGGCAAUUGUAUUUGUGUGCAUGAUGUGUGUAUUGUAAAUAAAGAUUGAGGUGGAAUUGUGAA